AUGUGUUCUGUUGCUGGAUGGGGUAAAACUGAAACCAACAACACCAGUAACGAUCUGAGAGUGGUCAGCGUGUCCAUCAUCAAUAAAGAAGUCUGCAAUGGGACGUGGCAGUAUACGCUUCCACCCAAUGUGAUCUGUGCUGGUGGAUAUAAUACAGAAAAAGGAUUCUGUCAGGGUGAUUCUGGUGGCCCUCUGGUGUGCAACGGGAUAGCUGUUGGUGUUGUCUCAUUCAACCGAAACAAUAACUGUGACUACCCAAAUGUGCCCAAUGUCUAUACCGACAUUUCUAAAUAUCGUGACUGGCUCAAACAUACUUUGUCUGGAAAAGCUCCUCUAAACAAAUUGGUGAAAACACUCCCGAUUCCAAAAGAUGAAAUAAAGCUGAAAGAGGGGGAGAUCUGCUCUGUAGCAGGAUGGGGUAAAACUGAGAACAAGGAUUUUACAGUGGAUGACAUGAGAGUGGUGAAUGUUUCACUCUUAAAUCCAAAACUCUGUCAAAGGAUUUGGGGGCCUGGUCUUCCUCCCAAAGUGAUCUGCGCUGGUGGAUAUAAUACAAACAAAGGAUUUUGUCAAGGUGAUUCUGGUGGUCCUUUAGUAUGCAAUGGAAUGGCUGUUGGUGUUGUGUCCUUCAACAGACUCCGUAACUGCAAAUACCCUGAUGUGCCUAAUGUGUAUACAGACAUAUCUAAAUAUCUUCAAUGGAUCAACAAGAAUAUGAAAACAAAGGAGUGUGUGAAGUAAUCUUGUUUCAGAAGUUUUCGUAAAUGAGGAACAUACUCAUCUAUUUUUUU